AUGGCUAUGGUCAAUGAUGCUUUGCCUGCGAUCAGGGAAACUCUCGACAAGUAUGUCCUGUGUGAUAUUUACAAUAUGGACGAAACAGGGCUCUUUUACCGCAUGCAGGGGAGGAAAAACCCUCUCGUCAGUAAACCUUGGGGGAAUGCGCUGAACGGAUUGCUCCCUACAACGAAAAAGCCAACAGUGUCCACUUGA